UCAGGCAUUCGUAACAAAUGGAUUUUUGCUUUCAACACAUCUUUAUUGGAUAUUUUUUUCUGUUCUCACUUUCGUAUUGAAACGCCUUCAAAUUAAGAGAUUACUAAUAUUUUGCUUGUUAGAGUCUAAUAAGUUUUCAAAAUGCUUUCCCAAUAUAUGGAAGAGUUCGAACAGGAGCCCUUUGAGGUCAGUGGUUUUAUUGAAAGAUUAACCUGGCGUACAAACAAUGAAUGCGACAAUACCAGCGGUAAACAGUCCCAAUUGGAUGGUAUUAUUGGUGCAGGCAUCAAAGAUUUCAAUCCCACCGCCUUGCAUGACACUUUCAUACAAACCAUCAAAGAUUUGAAAAUUUUACAGGAGAGACAACAGGCCAAAUGCGAACGUCUUGAGGAGGCACUGAAGCAGGAACAGGAGGCCCAUGCUAAAAAUAUUAUUAAAUUGCAGGAACGCCAUCAACUGGCCUCCGAUGUAUUUUGGCAAUUGGAUGAGAAAAUCAAUUCAGUGGCUGGGAAAAUAAUCCACCUGGGCGAACAAUUGGAAAAUGUCAAUACGCCACGUAGUCGCACAGUGGAAGCCCAAACGCUGCUAAAUUAUAUGACGGAAUUUCUUAUUUCCGGACCGGUGGUAAAUGAUAUUUUCACUGAUGCCACACGUCUGUACGAAGCGGCGGAUGUCAUACAAAAGUUGUACGCCAUUGCCCAGGAUUUGCCGCCAGAGAAAUUUGUCGAUUCAAAGAGAAAAAUCGAAAAGAAAUACGAUGAGGUUGAGCGGCGUCUAAUCGAAGAUUUCGCCACAGCGCAGAAAAGUGAAGAUAUUGAAAAAAUGAAGCGUUUGGCACAGAUCCUAUCACAAUUUAAGGGCUAUGCCCAAUGCAUAGAUGUCUAUAUUGAGCAGAGUCAAAUGACACCAUAUGGCGGCAAGGAUAUAUUCAUUGGCAUUGUACCAAUGUGUAAACAUCAUUAUGAGAUUAUCAAGAAGGUUUUCUCCAAUCCGCAGCAAGUGAUGUCGAAAUUUAUUCUGAACAUAUAUCAAUUGAAGCUACAUCAAUAUGCCAUGACCAAGUUAGAUGAUAAACGUGACGAGGAGAAAUAUCUGAAGACGCUGUAUGAGUUGUACUCUCGCACCCUCAAAUUAUCGACUGACCUUCAACACUAUAUGUCAGCAAUGGAUGACGAUUUACUCAACAAGCUGACACAGCAGAUUUUCCAAAAACAUUUGGCCACCUAUGUGGAAAUUGAAUCUCAAUUCCUGACAAGGAAGUGUGCCAGCGAAUUGGAGAAAUUCUAUGCCAGUAAAAAUCAUCAAAAGAAACCGGCCGAACGUUUUCAAGAAUUAAAACGUGAUAUGCAGGAGUUGAUACGUACCAAGGCUAACAUAAACAUUGCCCAAGUUGAAGAUUACGGUGGAGAGACAUUCCUUUCCGAAGAAUUGGCCAUUAAGAUGUUGCAAGAUGCAAAUGCCUCACUCAAACGUUGUCGUGUCCUGUCCAAUGAAACGGAAUUGCCCAGUAAUAUUAUAAAACUAAAUGAUAUUCUGCUCAAGUAUCUAAUGCAUGAACAUGCAACCUAUGCCUUGGGUUUGGGUCUGAAUAUCAUACCCAUUGCCGAUACGGGGAGGCAAUUUCCACACUUGUACUUUUUCGAUGUGGUGCAAAAGACCAAUAUUAUUGUUCACUUGCUGGAGGAUCAGUGCAAUACCUCGGUGGUGCCAUGUGUAGUCAAUACUCCCAAAUAUUCGGAAUAUAUUUUCAAGAAACGCACAUUGAUGGAGCAAAUCGAAGCCAAACUUGAUCAGGGUCUAGAUCGUACAUUGAAUGCGGUUAUCGGUUGGGUUAAGCUGUACCUAACCAAUGAGCAGAAGAAAACGGAUUAUAAUAAACCAGAUUCUGAUUUUACCUUAACUUCGGCGGCCUGUUCGCAUGUCGUUCAAAACAUUCACCCCGUCAUCAGGCAAAUUAAAAAAUGUCUCGACGGUGAAAAUCAAAAACAGAUACUAAAUGAAUUCGGUGUACGAUUGCAUCGUGUCAUCUACGAUCAUUUGCAGACAAUGUCAUUCAAUACGGCGGGAGCAAUGUGCGCCAUAUGUGACGUGAAUGAGUAUCGUAAGUGUAUACGUGAGCUGGAUAGUCCGCUGGUAACACAACUCUUCGAUAUACUCCAUGCUUUGUGCAAUUUGUUGUUGGUGAAACCGGAGAAUUUACUAGAAGUGUGUACGGGCGAAACUUUGAAUUAUUUGGACAAAUCCGUUGUGCGUCAAUUCAUACAACUACGUUCUGAUUUUCGCGACAUUAAAAAUACCAAUAACCUUAAAGGUAUUAUCGAAUAAUACCGCAGAAAUAUCGUCGCUGGCAGACUGACAGGGGUUUAGAACAACACCCAUCAAUCAUCACGUAGGUAACGUGAGCGUUACCCAGCAAAACAAGUGGAAACGAUCCUAUCUAUCUGAUAAAGUAUUUUAUUUAUUUAAAAUUUUUUCUGAUUUGUAUUGUGUAGUUUUAAAAACAAAAUUUCAGUUUUGAAAAUAAAAUGCAUUCCUAGAACUAUGUCAUUGUAAAUAUGUGACUAAUGGAAA